AUGACCGCCUUCACUUCGGCCCCGCGGUGGCCCGUCCGCGCCCCAUUGCAAACGGCUCGACAUCUCCUCUCCCGCCGUCAUUGUCCGCUUGCUGUUGGCCAGCGUAUCGCCGAUACCAGCUCCACCGAGCCUUUGCAUCCCGUGUUAGACAUUCUCAAGCGUCGUUUAGAACGCCCCUCAAAGCCUGGCCAACGGAAAGACGACCGCAAAGUCGCCCUGUGCAUCGAGGGCGGCGGCAUGCGAGGCGCCGUCUCAGCCGGUAUGGUUGCCGCUAUCAAAUACUGCGGAUUGGAGAAUGCCUUUGACGUCGUCUACGGAUCCAGCGCGGGCGCCAUCGUCGGCGCAUACUUUGUGUCAAGGCAGCUUCCCGUCUACGGCGCACAGAUUUACUAUGACAUUAUCUGCUCAAUCCCGGAGAACGGCCAGCGCUUCAUCGACCUAUGGGCCCUCCGCCACCACCCCUACUUCCGUCGCAAGCGCCGAGGGAGCAAGGAGUUUUACGGAAAGGGAACCCGCCCCGUACUGCUGCUUGACCGCCUUAUCGACCAUGUCAUGCGCACAGAGCGUCCCUUGAAUUGGGAUCAGUUUUGGAAGUACCACUCCCAGAUGCCGCUCAAGCCCGUCGCCAGCUCGCUUUCGGCUAUGCGUUCGCAAACGCUUGACGACUUUACCUCGCUUGAUGAGUUUCUGGAGCGGCUUCGUGCCAGCGCACGCGUGCCCGGCAUUGCUGGGAAUCCUGUCGAGAUCAACGGUGACUUUUACGCAGAUGGACUGCUCUUCGAACCGAUUCCUUACCGAUCGGCAAUGCGGGAUGGCUGCACAGACAUCCUUGUUCUCCGCACCAAACCGGAAUCGGCCGCCCGCAAGGGUACCAAGCCCGGCAUUUACGAAAAGCACAUUGCGAGUCCAUACUUCGACCUCUUCCAUGUGUUUUCACCUCGAGCAAAGGUAUCUGACUACCUAGACACUGGUUCACAUUUGAACAUAUACAACGAAGACAUGCAAAUACUGAAACUUGAGAACAAGGUGCCCUAUUCAAGCUCUGACGCAGCAAUAUUCUCCAUAGCACCACCAGCAGACGGGCCAGGCGUGGGACAAUUAGAAUCUCGCGCUAAGGUUGUAUACGAGGGUGUACGCAACGGUUUCACGGCAGCGUACGACACCCUCAGUCCUUUCGCGGAUGGCUGUCUGGAUAGCGUACCAAUGGCUACAGUUACAUCUGCGAAGGGUAAGGAGUUGGAGCAAAAAAUGACUGCGGGCCGGCGGGCAGCAAAAUGGGUCUUUUCGGAUUCAGAGUUGGAGGAUGUAGAGAAGCGACACAAGGAAGCGAAACGAAUUCGCGACCAAGUCCGACGUCAAAAAAGAAAUCGUACGACCCCAGCUGCCCCCGAGUCACGAAGAGAAAGAAUUAAAAGAGUGCUAAAACGGAGGCGUAUCUUGAGAGCCAAGCACAGGGCGCGGGCGAAUGCAGCGGCCUUUGCAACUAUUGAAGAACGCUUCUUCGUCGGGUGAGAAUGCGUUAGUUGCUCCUGGCUUUUACAACAAUAUAGAAUGGAGGACUUGAGUUGAGAUGUAUCAUUCUAACCCGAGCUUGGUAGUACCAUAUGUAGCUGCUAACUUUUGAAGAGCUGACGUCCUGUAUAACAGUAAACUACUUCUCCCACUA